AAAGGCGUUUAGUUGAUUUUUGGUUUGGCAUUGAUCAUGUUCCCAGUAUUUCUUCUUCUGGUCGUCGUUCCAUGAACCUGUUUUCAUUGAAUUUCAUAAUCAUACAACUCUACUCUGUACACCUGAGUCACAUUAUAGUUAUCCUGCUAAGGACUUAUUUUGCUGUAAUGAUAUCGUUAUCCCAAGUGACCAAAAGAGUGUGACGUGGGUGGCAAAUUAGUAUUGGCAUCCUUUAUUGAGAACAUUUAAACAGAAAGUUAGUUCCAAGGCGUUUGUCUCUAUUUGCCUCCAGCGUUUUCAUAUAACAGAUAAUAAUACAUGCUCCAAAGUUUCUUAAGUUCACAAAUGUUGUUUGGUUUAUAAGUGGCAAUUGUCGUUGUUCCAGCAUUAAAAAUCUGUUUACUCGUAAUUUCAAGUGUAUACUAUAAAUUAAAACGAUGUGUUCACCAACAUCAAGUAUAUUGACUGUAAUUUUGUUAGCAGUUGCUGUUUUUGAUGAAAGUGAAGGGUACGUUAUAAGCAAUAGAUUUUUUGUGACACCACGCUUCCAAAAUUUUGGAAACUCCAUAGUUUUGGGUGAAAGUUCUGAAGAAGAGCGUCAGGACGUUGCAAGAAUUGCUACUCCAAUUCGUAUCUUCGUUCCGACGAGGUCUCACAGAAUAACUCGACUCAUUGGUCCAGCAUGUGAAAGUGAGUCUCAGCGGUUGGAUCCCAUUAGUCUUGCCUGCUAUGAAAUUGACACUGUCGGUCCUUGCGGCUCCCGAAUGCUAUUCAAGAAACAUCCGGAAGAGCAAAUGUACGGUCACUGUGCGUGUGAACCGAGUGGAAAUAAUAAUCGACCCAUGGUAGCCGUUCGAGGACAGUGUCACUUCCUUUACUCACAGGGUAUUUGUGACCGUGGAUAUUCCCUCGUGUUGGAGUCAUCUGCCAUAUAUGGCUUAGAGCCAGUUUGCCGGCCCAACCCAUGCGUACGAUAUGGCAAGCAAGGUGAUGCCACAGAUGAGCUCGUACCGUUUGAGGGUCACUGUGUCAGGCUGAAUGUCCCGUCAGUCCUCUGUCCCCACAAGAAUGACGUGGUGUCUUUUAAGAGAGGAAACUUGAGACCCGUCUGCACCACCGGCCCAGAGAAGAUCACACGACGACGACUCUUUAGAAGACAAAUUACGAAAACUAAUGAACUCAGAUGUCAAACGGGCUAUGGCAAAGCAAAGGCUGGGAGCACGAGGUGCUACAGACUAUUGAAAAUAUCCAAUAGUUAGAGGUAGUCAAUUUAAUAACCUUAAAGUGAUAUAUGUUGUAUUGAUAUGAUUGUGUACAAUUGUGUGACAGCGGCGUUUGAUUGAAUUUAGUUAGUGAGAGCAAAUCUACAUGAUACCUUCAACAUACACGUUUCUAAUAUAUCAGUAUUCUGCACAUUGUAUCAAUCAAAUGUCUGGUACUCUUGAUUUCUGCAUUAUGCGAUCUGCACAAAAUCUUUUAGCGACUCGUUAAUAAAAUACUACACGAGUACACAAAUGUUAUGUGAUGUGAUAUGGGGGUAGUACAUAAUUUUAGUUAUUUUGUAUAUGCAUGUACAUACCUAUAACUGUUGUAAUUAUUUUACAUGGACACUCUUGGAGUUCGCUACAUUUCAGCUGAAUUUAUGCAAAGUGGAGACAAACUUGUGUCAAUUUUGUAGCCAGAACGAGGAAGGUGGACUGAGAAAUUAUUAAAAGUAUUAGAAAAAAUAACAAUGUGAUUGAUUAUACUUAAGAUUUAAUUUAUAUGCAAGUUUUUUAACGUACGUACACAAGUUGUUCUUUGGUUUAUUCUACAUAGAUAUGUGCAUAUCUGUGCAAAGUUGAAAAUAAAAAUAAGCUCUUUUACAACGAUACACGAAACAUCGCUGGUUAAUAAAGAGUGUCAAGAGCAAGAAAUGACUGAUGAUGAACCCGAAUUGGUGGUUCAUAGUACCCCGGAAACGCUUACAAAUUCAUCCGAGGUUCCUGGCCCAUCAACUGAAAUGCCGACCCCAAGAUCAAAAUCCCGUCAAUCUCGUCCUAAUCCAUCACUUUCAUCGCAACUCAAAAUUCCUCUUCCAUCCGUGGCUACCACGUCAUCCGAAAAGUUUGGGAUUUCUGAAAAUGAAACAGUUACCCCCGAAAGCGGAAAUAGUCAGACUCCCAGUGAUAAUAACAUUCAGGAUGCCAGGAAGGAGUGGAGUAGCUAUUUUGGUCUCCUACUUGCAAUUAUGUCAUCACUAAUGUUUUCCAUAAAUGCAUUGAUUUUUAAAAUCCUAAAUUAUAAUCCCCCUCUGAUUCCCGCUUUCUACAUGUUCCUUGGGACGGCUCUCUUAAUGUUUCCUCUGUACCUGUAUCACCGGUACAGGAACAAUUCGAAGCAGGACACCGUUGACAUUAUUGAUGAGGACCUUGGACUAGGAACGGUUGCAAUUCUUGGGGCUAGAGCAUUUACGGGGUGCUCGGGAAUGUUGUUAUUUUUUUAUUCUCUGCAAUACCUAACUAUUGGUGACGCACUGGUCAUCGCCUGCAGCUCUCCCGUCUUUGUCUUUCUCUUGGCGUUCGUUUUUCUCAGAGAAAACUGUGGUAUUGUGCCAGUGAUAACAAUUGUGCUGACACUAAUUGGCGUGGUUGUAAUUACGCGUCCGCCAUUGCUCACUGGGGAGGAGUCGUUUAAAAAAGAUGAUCUGAUGGGAGCAGGUUUAGCAUUUUCCUCAAUGCUCUCGAUUGCUAGCACCCUCGUACUGAUGAGAUAUCUGCAAAAUGUUCAUCACAGUGUAAUUAAUCUCACGUUCGGGAUUUGGGGAACGCUGCAAUGCGCACUCUUGGCCUUAUUUUUAGGCGUUUUUUCCUUUCCAAAAAGCGUGUUUGAAGCUUUGAUAAUGUUCACGACCGGAUUUGUUUUUUGUUUGGGACAAAUUUUCCUCGCUGUCGCCCUUCAACUAGAACAAGCUGGCCCCGUGUCACUACUAAGAACGUCAGAAGUCAUUUUUGCGUUCGUUUGGCAACUUGUCUUUCUGAAGGUUGUUCCAGAUUGGUUCAGCAUAUCCGGAGCGAUGCUUAUUAUGAUUGGAAUAUUGACGACAGUUUUGCGGAAAUGGAUUGGCUCCCUGCCGGCCACCAACAAAGCAAGACAGCGGUGUAAUCUUUUACUUUGGUGAAGCAAAAAACAAAGUCGAGGCAAAUUGCAUAAAAAUAAUUGAGUACUUGUAAAUAAAUCUAAUAUUUUACUGCUAGUAUUAAAUGAGGAUGCAAAAAUGAGUUGCAAUAAA